AUGCAGAAAAACGCCAUCAAAACCAGCUUUUUUAUUCUUUCGGAUUCACACGCCGAGAAGGGGCUGGCGAUCCCCAAUGUACCAGUCGACGUAGCAAUUCACUGUGGCGACUUGACCGAGGAAUCCAAAAUCCACGAGUUCCAAACAUCUCUGGACCUCCUCCGCCACAUCGAUGCCCCUCUGAAAUUGAUCAUCGCGGGAAAUCACGAUUUUACACUCGACAAAACAGCUUUUGAGAAAAAAGUGGCAGAAUUUCAGCAGCUUUACCUGGCUCGGAUACAGAUCUCAACAAAACCGAAUAUGAAGAUGUCGUCGGAAGAUGUCGUCUUUCUAGGAAAGGGCAUCCACAGUUUUGCCCUCCGAAACGGAGCGAAAUUGACGGUCUACGCCAGCCCAUUCACGCCAUCACUCGAAGCAGACGACUGGGGUUUCAGUACAAACGAGGAGAGAAACCACGAAUUUAACAUACCGAGUGAUGUCGACAUUGUCCUCACACACGGCCCACCGAAUGGGAUCCUCGACCGUGCAGCGUCCAAGCAGAGACUCGGAUGCGAACAUCUCUUUGCUGCUGUUGCCAGAGCGCGCCCAAAGAUGCACUGCUUUGGGUAUGUUCAUAAUGGUUGGGGGGCCAAAUUUGUGGCAUGGCGGGAAGUACCCAGUAAGAAGCCAAGUCACUUUAGUGACAUCAACAACGAGGGGUCUGUUUUGGUGGAAAAUCUUGGGAGUAUUCUUCCGUGGAAAUGGGAUACGGAGGAUGUGGUUCGAGAGAAGGAGAGCCGGCUGGAAGAUUUGCGGAGGAGGGGUUACAGGAGGACAAGUCAUUGUGCCGGGGAUGAGCAGCCGAUUGAGGUGGGAAAGAGUACUUUGUUUGUUAACGCGGCUAUUCAAGGGGCGAAGGAUGGGACACAAUUUCCAUGGGUUGUUGAUAUUGACUUACCUGCUGCUGUCGCGUUAGAAGGAUGUUAA